AUUAUAAUACAAGUCUAGCUACUGAUCAAUGUUAUUAACGUAUUCAUUACAGAAUUUUCAAACAUUGAUACAAUCAACUGUUUACCUUUCAUUUCUUCAAGAAGAACCUUUGACGUACGUUAUUGGAAAUCCAUAAAACAACAAAAGUAAACACUGUCAAAUUAAUUAAGGGGUUGCGACGGAAGCGGAGUUGUUGAUUUCUUUCUUACGGCUGCUGCAAACAGAUUAGGUCGCAGAAUGAAAUAUAUAGUCUUUUUCCUGAUCAUCUGUUUUGUAUUUGGACCAUGCAAAACAAUAUCCCAACGUCGUAUCUACACGCUAUUCACCGACACUAAAACAUGGAACGAGGCAAGCGCAGUAUGUGAAAGUCAGUUUGGGCAGCUAGUCAAGAUUCAAGGUCAAAGUCAUACAGAAGAAUUAGCAUAUCUGGACAGUGCAGAAUGGGGAAAUCGCAUCAGUAAUGCGGCUGCGUUUUGGUCAGGACUACACAAACCGUUUUCCAACAACACCUGGGAGUACCAAGACUGUGAGACUAUUUCAACCGAUCUGGUCUUUGCAAACAGCUUUUCUGGAGGAAAGUGUGCUACUUUCAACAGUGCUUAUUCCCUGUCAGAAGCAAAUUGUUCUGCAGAGAAUAUUUUUGUUUGUCAACGUCAUGAAGGUGACUGUUGGUAUGAACCUUUUAUCGGUGAAACCUUCACUGCACCAAUCUACCAAACCGUCACAUUGAGUGUAGGUACAGAAGCUAGCGAGUGUGCUGUGAGCUGCCGCUCAGAUGUCCUUAGUCCUGAUAUUGAAUGCUGGGGAUUUAUUUAUGACCCCAGUGGGUCACAAGGAUGUCAGCUUCUCUACCUAAAUGAGGAGUCUGCCUCUUCCACAUUUUUGACAACGAGCAUGACGUCGUCUGCAGAUCCUGAUAUGAUUUUCUAUGUUCGUCGAUGUUUUGAAGGUACCCUUGACAAAAAGACUUACAAUUCGUUUCAAAAUAAUGAACAAACUCCGGAAACGGAAUGCACUUCUACACCUUUCGCUGGUAACGAAGCAGCGGCCGAAGUCUGCUUUUGUACUACACAAGAUCAGCCACCCAUUCCUGAACCUAUCACUAGCGAAGAAAAGGCACAACAGUAUAUCAAAGAACUAACCAUUGAUUCUUCAAACACAAGCGCGGCAAUAAACAAGCUUACUUCUGCCGAAGAUAACAGGCCAAGUGCUGUUGGAGUUGGAUUUGUCGGUGUAGGACUUCUGACAGCAGUGUUUGGCAGUCUCUUCCUCAUGGACCUAAAUCUUCUGUACGCUGGAAUAAAGGAAUUAUUCUCAUCUAUGACAGAGAUACAAACGCCUACAAAUUCCGACGAAUCCAGUUGUUAAACUCCGCAGCAAAAUGUAUAACCCGAUGUAAAGGACGAAAACUUCCGAAUGAUACAUUUAAGUUGUUGUCUCGAGGCUUACUGUGUUGAACAGCAGUUAAAAGUUGAUUUCUCGAGAUUAAACUGAGAAUAUUGUUUGUAAUGUAACAAUAUGAAGUCGUUUUGUUAUAGUUGAAGUAUAUCAUUGUAAAUCAACAUUAUUUAAGAUGUAAAUUUCGUAAACAUAGGCUAUGUUUGAUGUAAUAAACUGGAUGAGUUCAUAAAGCUCAAAUUAGAGACAUUUUCAUCAGUUUUAUUUUCUUUCAAAUUUUCUGUUUGUUUGAUAGCAGUGUGAGUUGUGUUGUAUCGACUGUCCAUGAAGGAGAGAAAAUAAAGCCAAUAAUACUUUACUUUUUCCUUCGAUAUCAUCCACAAUGCGUCUGUGAGAUAUGAAAAACUUUUUAAAAAAAUAAGAACCUGUGCAUAUUUGCGCAUGACAAAUUAGCUUAAAAUCAAAUUGCAUGCAUAAAUAAAUGGAUAUGGAAUUAUUUUUGUUCGACUGUAAAAUAUUUUCUGAAGUCAUACACGCAUUUGACAACUUCUUCACUGUCGGAUAGUUCUUCCAUCUGUUGUCCAAUUCUAAAUGGGGACUGACCUGAUAGGGCUAUUUGAAAGAGGACCUUCGCGGAUAUUACAUAAGAAUUUUCAGAAAAUAUAUAAAACGUACUGCAAAAUUCAUGAUCAAAUCCAGACCUGUGUAAUACUCUGUUAUAAAAGAUAACUAAUGAUAAUAACCAGUUUUAUCACUUUUUACAGAUUUAAAUGUAAGGUACUGUGUCUUCGUUUUACUACAAUUCUAAGCAAUUUUCCUUGGAUUGGUUGAAUGUUUUAUAUAUCGCUUCGAUAAUUGUCAAAACGUUAACAUAUAGUUCACAUCAACUUUUUUUCUGCAAAUAUGCCGUUGGUUGAAAUGAUACUUUCGCUCUGUAUAAAGGCAUGCAACUAUUUAAGUUGACGAGACGCUUAUAUAAAUUCGGAUGAUUUUCGGUACAUUCCGUACAGUGUACGGAAAGUAACCAGCAAUUAAAAUGGUUUAUAUUUAAAGCGUGUAUACGGAUGUACGCAAGUCACAAUAGUUCAGUGAUCAUUGUCAAUAGCUUGAAACCUGGAGGUCGUAAGAUCGAAACCGUUCAUUGUCUUG